AAAAUUGAUUAGCAAGUUCACCAAUCGCGUUGCCUAACGCCAGUCGUGUUAGCCAAUCCCAGUUUAGAAGGCGGGAUUAGUGUGAACAAGCAGGGGAAAUGCAUGAAAUGGUUGCUGUGGCGACGCGGCAUGAGACGACGCCUGCAUCCUUGAGCAAUGUUCAGCUCCUCUUUCUCACUCAGCAUGCUUCAGUCCCAGAGUGUCCAGCUCCUGUGUCUAACGGCGUCCAGCGGCGUUCCGCUCUUCUCUCGCGGCUCCACCAAGCAGCUGCCCUUCUCCAUCAUUGGUUCACUGAACGGCGUGCACAUGUUCGGGACGGGUCACGAUGCCGCUCUGUCCUGCUGUGAGACUGAACAAGGUGGACAUGUUCUCUGGAGAGUCUUCCACGACAGCUUGAUGCUUAUCGGAGUCAGCAGCAACGCUAACGUCAGCGAGCUGCACUUGAGGCGUUUGCUGGAGAACGUCUGGAACUGCAUGGUGCUCGUGCUGGGCCUGGACGAACUGGCGAACGCGCGGAACGUCGAGCGGCUCAAGAGAGAGCUGCGCUCUUGCUAUGGGUUGAUCGACAUGCUACUUGAACGCGGUGUGGACGAUCGUGAUCAGGGCCUCAUGGGGGAUCUGACACACUGCGCUGACUGCAUACUUCUCCCUCAACCUGACCUCAUCCAAGACACGCUGGAAUCAUUCACCAGGGCUGCCGAGAGUGAGUUUGGCUGUUUGCUUGUCCGCGGUCGACUGGCAAUAGCUACCGAGAAAUGGUGGCGCCUCGCUCCACAGGAACUCGUCCUUCUUUCUGCACUCGCAAAUUUGCCUCCUGGGAAAACCUCAUGUGACUAUCCGGUCUUUUUACCCCAAGGUAGCCCUAAUGUCGCGCUCAGACUGCUGUGCUUCCAGCUGCUCCCUGGUGUCAUAGCUUGUGUCCUGUGUGGCCCUAGACCGUCUCUGUAUCAGGUAGAGAAUGAGCAGGUUUGCCGGUUUUGGUCUCCACUAGCAGAGAACCUGCGCUCUUGCCUGGACCAUGCAGAACGAUCAUCUCUGUCUCCCUCCGUUAGUCUCCGCCGGGACGUCCUAGCUCUUCUCCUAAUAAACCGUGAGUCUCGCAGAUCAGUGACAUCUCUCAGCACGAAAGCCACGCCUCACCUUUCACCGGCGCGCCGCUGGGAGCUUCUGCGCCUCUUUUACACGUUUGCAGUGACGCGCUAUUUCACCUCGGAGGAAUCUCCGAGCUCAGAGUGUCCAACAGCAGAGCUGCUGCACGAGGAGUUUUCCUCAGGGUUCACACACCUGCCUGUGCACUGCUACCUCGUGACUGAUGAAUGUAAAUGCUACGCCGUGCAGACGCCUCAGCACCAGCUCUUCCUCCUCACCGACCUCUCCGUGCCCACAUUCACUUUGCGCUCCGUCGCCACACACACUCUGGAUGCUGUCACCACGGCGACCGGCUUUUAGACCUCAGACAGUUUAGGGGUAAUCACUGGGAUUUACAUGGUGCUGUUUUGGAGGUUUUUAGCGAGGUGAGAGGUACACAGAGUCUGAAAGAGUUGCACAUAAUAAAGUGCAGGGCUGAUUUAUUUCUAUAUUUGAAAACAGAACAUGAUGCUCAAAGCCAUGUGUAGAAAUAUAUAUUAAUAUAGGAAUUUUUCACCACUAUUAGUCCUAAGUGACUUCCUGUUCAUUACAAACACUCACCACAUAGGGUAUAACAUUCAAAUAACACCAAUAUAUCACCUUUAUUGACACCAAUACAACAUCAAAUUUCCCUGUUACAAAAGCAUGCUAAUACAGCCGUGUCACCACACGCACUUAGGGGUAUGAGCCCAGACUCGUCAGUAUGACAAAAGAAAGAACAGGUUAUAACAGUUGUUCUUUAAGGUCCUUUUUUCAAGUUAUUUUUCUAAAACACCUCAAGGCUAGAACUGUGUUAGAUGAUGUCAUUUUCUUUUUGGCAUUAACAGUAAUAUUAUGAAAUAGCACCAUGAAAUUCUGAUCUUUGUUAAACAAUUGUGAUGCACAAAUCGACAGGCUGAUGAACAGAUACUAGAUCAUAUUCUUAUCAUUUUUGUGUUAUGAAAUCUUCAAAAUGUGAAUGAUAUAAAAUUUUACUGCGUCUCUCGUGACGUGGACAAUACACCGGGUCCCAGGAUCCGAAACCCUGACCAGGAUAAAGUGCAUAAUACUGAAGAUUAAUGAAUAAAUACACAGAGUGAUGUGAAGCUACAUAGCUGCAUACAUAUGUGAUACAUUAACCGGCGCUCACUGGAUGUUUUUUGUGCAAACGCUAGAUACAGUUGUGUGUGAAAAUCUAGCUAGCUGGACAAAGUCACCGAGAUCACAUUUCUCUCGUUUUAAUAUUUGAUGUGAACUAUAACGGAAGCCCUUGAGCUGUAUAUGCUUGAUUUUUGCUGACAUUGGAGACUCUACCCCCCCCCCCCACACACACACACACUUUCAAGAACUUGAAAAAUGCUUGUUCUGAGGAUCAGGAUUGCCUGAACUGCUUUUACCGAAAAUGAAUCAACACCUACUGACCAAUCAGUAUCAAGACUUCGAGAGCAUUGUGGUAAUAAAAAAAACAUGACAAUUUUUAUAUUUAUUGUGAAAAGGACACAUAGUGCUGUUCUUAAAGAAAUUCAUUUUGUACCCAUUUUGCUGACCUCAUCCUUCCACUCUGUACUGUCAUAACAUUGAUUUGUUACCCAUUAGCAAGAUCCCCUUCCAUUUAAGCCAAGAGUCUUUAGUGCUUUUGCAUUUUAUGGCCACAAAAUAAGUAAGAGCUAUUCCUUAUUAUACAUUCAGAACAGAGAGCCUUUUAAUUAGCUAAUAGCUUGGUCCUUUACUACAGCAUGAAGCUGCAAUCAUCCGAGAGAUCACAUCAGAGAGACACUGGCGGUGCAUCACUAAAUUUUGCAGUCCUGUGCAGAUGUAUUCUUAUCUACUAUUAGCUGGAUCAGCAAUUUUUAAUCCACUUACGCUGUUCUCUUGUUAUUUAUUGACUUUUAAAAUGAAUUACCAGGUUGUAUCUUGAACUGAAGUGCAUGCAUAUCCAGGUUUCACCGACAUUCCUACCUUGAUUUGCUUUGUAUUAAAUGCUA